GCGGAGCGGAGCGGUGACGGUCACGUGACGGAGUCUGCUGCUGACUGAGUGAAGCGCGUUAGCAGAUUUUUCUGUUUUGUACAUACAUUGUUUUGUAUAUACUGUAUAUGAUGACCUCAGUGGGCAUCGAGCGAGCCCGGGGCACUCGGGACAAAGCGCUGCCCUCUACCACACAGACCACACAACCACAGAAACAGCUUCAGGCUACGGCUGAACAGAUCCGACUGGCGCAGAUGAUCUUUGACAAGAAUGAUGCCGAUUUUGAGGACAAAGUCAAACAGCUCAUGGAGGUUACAGGGCAAAACCAAGAUGAUUGCAUGGUUGCCCUCCACGACUGCAAUGAGGAUGUCAACAGAGCCAUCAACUUCCUGCUUGAGGGGACCUCUGAUGCAACCUCUUGGGAAACGGUGGGAAAAAAGAAAAGUCUUGUGAAGGAUGGCUCCUCCACAGAGAGUAAGGAGAACAAGGAGAACAGGGAGAAGAAAGGAGAGCGGGAAAGCAGUAAGGGUCGUGGAGGAGUGAGUCGUCGUGGCAGAGGGACCAGUCGUAAUAGGCCAGUGAGGACUGAAGAGAAUGGUGUGGAGCCUGCUCUUGUUGACAGAGAAGCUGACCGUAGCCGCAGGGGAAGAGGAAGAGUGUCUGGAGGUAGAGGCAGGGGUCGGGCUCUGGUUACCAGCAGGUUUACAGCACAGGGGAUGGGGACCUUUGACCCUGCAGAAUACACCACAAACAGUGGGACGUCAAACUCGCACACUGAAGUCUGGGAGACAGUGGCCAAUGACACUACAGAUGGGACAGUGGCAUGGCAGAACACUCUGGACGAGUGGGCAGCUGAAGACUGGAGUGAAGAUGUGAGUCUCUCAGAGACCAAAGUGUUCACUUCUUCUUGUGCAACUCCAGCUGAGAACCACAUCACACCAGGCCAAAGUCUGGAUCUAUCAUCUCUGCUGCAGAAGCCUGUGGAUCGAGAAGAGGUCGGGUGUCUGAAGGCGGUGGGCUCCACUCAGGGGCUUGGCCACAGUCUGGUUUUCACCAACUCCCAUCACCAGCCUGCUCGAAACGGAGCCACAUCUGCUGGCUCCAGCAGCUAUACACAUGCCACCCUGUCCUCUGUUCUGGGUUCUGGUUUUGGAGAGCUGGGUGGUCCAAAGCUGGGGCAGACGGCCGGGCAGCAAAUACUGGAACAGCUGAAGGGGCCUGGUCUUGGGCAGCUUACUUCCCAGCCCCUCAGCACAGGGACCAACUGCACUCCUGUAGGGGGUCUGGUUGGGACAGGGAUGUCUGUCCCCACCUCCUCUUGGGACAUUAUACCUCCUGGAUCACAGAGCUCUGCUUCUCUGUCCUCCCAAUUCAGUCGGGAGUUUCAGAUGCAACCUGAGCCAUCUCUGGUGCUAAGCCAACUUGCCCAGCGACAGCAGGGCUCCCUGACCCACAUGGGACCUCUGGCCAGGCAGCCCAGCCCUCCCCCUCUGAGCACCCCUUCAACCGCUCCGGGCACACUGGAGGCCUUUCCAAAAGCACCAGAACCACCUCAUCACCGUGACGGGCCCUCAAUGGCCCCCUCACAGGCAUGCGACUCUCAGGGUAGCAGCACACAGCAACGGCAGAUAAAGACCCAAAAGAGACGCAUACCUCCUACUUCCAAGAUUCCCUCCUCUGCGGUAGAGAUGCCCGGCUCAGCAGAUGUGUCUGGUUUAAAUGUGCAGUUUGGUGCUCUGGACUUCGGUUCGGAAUCUGCCCUGCCGGACUUUAGCCAGUCUGAGAACUGCAAUAGUGAACCCAUGAGGGAGUCUGCUGUGGUUCCUCAAUCACAGAGCAGCCUUUAUUCUAAUCCUAUCAGUGAAUCUCUGGCCAGUCCAGUCCCAUUGCUGCUGCCUCUGGCCUCCUCUGACACCAUCUACCCCUCUCCCUCGGUGCCUGUCCCCAGCCUUGUCCCCUCCCACACCAACCCCAAACUGGUCACAGUCCCCACUUGCUCAUCCUCCUCUUCCUCUGCUGCAUCAUCGGCGGGUAACAGCUUUGACUGUGGUGUUACUCACUCAAGACUGACCUUCUCUCAGAGCAAGGAGCCCUCUGGACCUGUGACGAACGGUUUUAAUGGUGUGCGGACCUCUGCUGCUUUAGACACUACAUCGAGUUCCUCCACUCCAAAACGAGAAUCUCCAUCUCUGGUCAACAGCACAAGUGUUGCCCCCUCUGUCCCAUCUUCUCUGUUGCCCCCUUCUGUUACCCCACACAGCUCUUCUCUGCCCUGUCCGGCUUCUGAGAUUUCUUCUGCCAACUUACCUCCCCUCAGCAGUCACUUGAACAGUGGCCAUUCCUCUGUCUCGGCACUUUGCACCACUUCUUCACUUGCAUAUACAAGUGUGGACAGUGUGAACUCUCUUGCUCCCUCGUCGAUGCCGUUCUCCCUGUCUGUGUCCGCUCCGCCCAGCAACAGUAUGAGCAGCUCAAUGAGUGGCAGCAACAGUCUGCAUGGGUCUGGAGCUCUGGGUCAGGGCACAAAUGGUAUCAUGCCUUCUGGUGUAAGGACCACCCAGCUACUGUCUUCCUCCAGUGGUAAAGCUCCUAAUUUGUCUCAGGGAGUACCUCCACUGUUACCUAACCAGUACAUCAUGGGACCUGGGGGUCUGCUGCCCGCCUACCCACAGAUUUAUGGCUAUGAAGACCUUCAUAUGCUCCAAUCCAGAGUACCAAUGGAUUAUUAUGGAAUCGCAUUCCCAGGGCCAACUGCUACGCUGUCUGGCAGAGACGGGAGCCUUGCCAGCAACCCUUACUCAGGUGACAUCACAAAGUUUGGUCGAGGUGAAUCCACCUCACCAGCACCCUCUACCAGUCUGUCUGCAGCUCACGCCCCACAGACAGCGCAGCCUCUGCAGGCUCAGAAUCAAGGACAGGGCCAGCCUCAGGGCCACCACAAUACCCAGCAGACCUUCCUAAAUGCUGCUCUGCCUCCCGGAUACAGCUACACGGGCCUCCCCUACUACCCCGGGAUGCCCGGCAUGCCCAGUGCAUUCCAGUAUGGCCCCACUAUGUUCGUGCCCCCUGCCUCCGCCAAGCAGCAUGGCAUGGGGCUCAGCAACCCCACGACUCCAUUCCAGCAGCCCAGUGGCUAUGGCCAGCACGCCUUCAGCUCAGGGUAUGAUGACCUGACGCAAGGCCCCGCAGGAACGGAGUACAGUAAAGGCUACAUUAACUCCUCUCAAACACAGGCCAAAUCUGUUGCCACUGGCCCAGUAAAAGGUAUCUCUGUGACGUCUAGCAAUUCUGGGGUGCCAGACAUCAGUGGAACUGUUUACAAUAAGACUCCGUCAUUCGAUAAGCAGGGUUUCCAUACUGGCACGCCUCCUCCCUUCAACCUCCCCUCGGCUCUGGGUGGAACAGGAACUUUGACCCCUGGUGCGGCCCCCGGUUACGCUCCCGCUCCAUUCCUUCACAUUCUGCCGCCCCACCAGCAGCCCCACUCACAGCUGCUCCACCAUCACCUCACCCAAGAUGGACAGGGUGGGCCGAGCCAGAGAAGCCAGUCCAGCACCAUGCAGCAGAAGACCCAGGUCAACAAGUCCAACUAUGGCAGCUCCCCAUACUGGGGCAACUGAGCGCAAUCAACAGAGCAGGUGUCGUCUCGCACCUGACGAUGUGCCGAGCAGAAGGGCAACCAUACACACUACCAUCAUCCUCCUCUCACCUCCCCUUUUCAAAGUUUUGGCUGUUGUAUGUAAAGUAUAUUUAUGUAUGUAUUUAUACAGUCUAUAUGUAUUGGUAGGAUUUAAAAUGUGUUUUUUUUCUGCAUUUUGUUUUUGAAGGAUGAUUUUUUUUUUUUUUUUAUCAUUGCUAAAUGGUUGAGUGUUUGAUGACAGAGAAGUGAUAACUUAACAGAAGGGUUAAUAUACUUGAACCAGAGCAGGCAUCAUGACUAAAAACAUGGGAGUUUUUAUUUUUUGUAUUAUACAUCUAAUAAUGUAUGUAGAUUAUUGCUAAGCUUGAUCACUUGAUGAAGCCUUUUUUUAAACUUUUGUAUUUUGGCCUUCCCCUUCACAUGUGAUCUUUUCUAACGAGGGGGAUUUUAAUUUCAGUGCUUAAUUUGUUCCCUCUGCACUUCAUUUGUGACCCUCAUCAACAAAUUGGCAAAAAGGUAGCAUUUUAGAUCAGAUUUCAUUUUAACAUUGGUUUUACCCUUGUCAAAAUAAAACUGUCCAGUUUAUUUGGUUCUGGCUGAUUCUUGAGAAAUCUACUUAUCACAAACAGCAUUAACAAGGAUAC